AAGCCUGAUUUUGGAGAUUUUUUUUGUGUGAGGCGCAGCCUGAUACUUCCUGACAUGUUUCUCUAUGCGUUUUAUUGGUUUCUAUCAGCACUGAAUUAGCUUGCAUGCUGUACUGCUACACGGCCAACAAACGUUUGAACUCAGUCGACCUCGUUCUUGUUUCAGGCGAGAUGUCUUCUUAUGAGGAGAGUGAGUCCAAAUUCUGGCGAAAGGCAAAGGAGAAUCCAUUUGUCCCAGUCGGGAUGGCUGGAUUUGUUGCCAUUGUUGGCUACAGGCUGAUGAAAAUGAAAAGUCGUGGAGAUACAAAAAUGUCGGUGCACCUGAUUCACAUACGUGUAGCUGCCCAAGGCUUUGUGGUGGGAGCAAUGACUGUUGGUGUCCUGUUCUCCAUGUACAGAGAUUACUUUGCACAGCCUAUUGAACAAGAACAGAAAGCAACCCAACCCAAGUGAACAUGGCCUCUUGGACUCAUAUUUUAUGUCCUUUAGUAUUGCCUCAUAUUAAGGUGUGCACAAGAUUUGUUUCACAGAUGUCCUGACGAGAAGAAAAUCUAUAUAGCCAUUAUGUUGAAACUGUGGAGAAAAAGUCUUUAAUUCUGUAGCUUUUAUGCAGUUUCAUUGUAAUGUUGAAGUUCUUUUAUUUAUUUUUUCACUUCAAUUAAGCACUGGCUUCCGUGGAACAUCUAUACACUGUGUAGCAGCCUUGUGUUUAAAUAGUUGCCUUGUGAAGUUAUUAUCUAAGCUAAGUUGUACACAAGUACAGGAUGUCAUUUGAGAGUUGUUGUUUUUUUUAAGUGUUAAAGAAAAAAGUUUUUUGUAUGGAUUUUGGUACCUUGAUGUGUUUUGACUGUUAAAUGUUGUCUUUGUGCCAUUAUAUUGUUGUUGAUCACCCAUCUUCUGGGUUGUGUAGUACACCUACAGCAGCUAAAACACUUGCAGUUAACGGGAAAGGCUCAAAACACUGUAAACUAAUGAACUCAGCAGCAUGAAAGGACAGACUCUACAGUGAUCAUAAAGUUCUCCCCAAGUUUGAACCACAAUAUAACAUUGCAGCUU